AUGGAUCCUGAAGGAGCAAAAGACUAUGUUUCUAAUAUUCUUCCAUCAACUCAGCCAGUACAGUCCGUGCUAUUUGCUCAAAGUGAACGAAAGAGAAACUUUUCAGAGACUGAUAUUGAUUGUUUAGAUUCAGGUGUGCGUAGCAAUAUGGUAUCUACAAAGAAGGCUAAAUCAGAUGAUGAUCACGUGUCAGACAGAGUCAUGGCUAAUGCACGGAGAGUUUUAUAUGGGAAUACACCUGAAAAAUUCAUAGUUAAUGAAGGGAAACGUGCAGUUCAAAGCAGUGAUCAGCCAAGCUUAGUGUGUAUCAUGAUGAAACUGGAUGAUAUUUCGAAUGACAUCAAAAAGGUAAACCAUGAUCUGUCCGAUAGAAUCGAUAAGCUAGAAAUAGAACUUGAAAAAAGACUGACCGAAAAACUGUCUGAUAAGAUUUGUCAGCAAGUUGAUAAGAGAAUAAAUGCAGAAAUAAAACGAGUGAAUAAAGCUGUUGAUGAAAAACUUGAUACUGUUCGUGCUGAUGUGAAUAAUGAUAUGGAUGAAAUACAGGUUAAGCUCAUAUCAAUCAGUGAUACUGUUAGAGCUUUCAAAGCUACUGAAGAUAUUUCCAAUAACAUUAUACUGAGAAAGUUACCAGAGACUAAUAAUGAACAUGUUGUGAAUAAGGUCCAGACUUUGAUACAUGACAUAUUGAAAUUAUCUAAUAUUGAAGUUGUGACUGCAAGGCGUGUGAAGAAUGAUAGUUCCAAAUAUCCUGGUGUAGUUGUUGCAACUCUUCAAAACAGUGAAGCACGAGACCAAGUGCUGAAAGCUAAGUCAGCACUCCGUAAUACUCCCUUCAAAGACAUAUAUAUAGAUGUAGAUCGUACCAGAGAGGAGAGGCUUGCUACACAGAACCUUCGUACUGUGGUUGAUGCAAUGAAUAAGGGCGCGCAAAUGUCAAUACGGGGAAACAGAGUUGUUCUUGCAGCUAGUAAUAAUCAUUAUAAUGUGAAUGUAAAUACCGAUAGAGCAAGUGUUUGUAAUCGAAGCAGUGAAGCUAGAGUUAAUAAUCGAAGCAGUGAAGCUAGUGUUAAUAACCGAAUUAAUGAAGCUAGUGUUAAUAAUCGAAGCAGUGAAUCUGAUACCUCAAAUUCCGAUGGUGGUCUAUACAGCUCAAUAUUAAACUCACAAUGCUCAAAUAGAAAUCCGUCAUAUAACAGUAGUGGAAACAAUAGGUCCAACCAAGGUCAUUGGGGUCAAGGUCGUGGAAAUCACGGGCAAGGUGGACGAGCUCGAGGACGUGGCUUCCAGAACAAUAAUAACAACAGAGGUAGAAGACAACAACAAUAG